AGGACUCCCGAGUGGGCACCUCAGGGCAGGGGCGAGUGAGGCCAGAGGAGGCUAUUCCUGAAUGAUUCUUCUUGUGUUUAGAAACUGUUGCCAAUUAAAGUGAUUGUUUCUGUGGCACACUCUGCCCUGGCUUUAAUAGCCCUCUGGCUGGCUCCCAGCCUUCUGAACCUGAUUGUCCUUUGAUCCGACGUAAGUUAUUUUAGGGAAAAGCAAUUCUGGAAAGCUCCGAACUACCAGGUAUUGUGGCUUAAUUCUUUAAGCUCACAAUGGAAUGAUACUCAUUUGUAUGUAUGAAGAAGGAAAGAGGUGGUGGGGUUAGGGGGUUUGCAAGAUAUAGAGGUCUAGGCCAGACUUGUUCAGGCAAGCCUUUACCAAGCCGCUUGGCUUGCCAAGAAACCUGCCUGCCCUAGUUUAGAUGGAGCUGAAAGAUCCUCGUCAUUUGUGUUCUAAUCAGUGACUGAACAGCUAGGUACUAUGGUGAUAGGUGUCUCAGAAUAGAUGAGAUGUGAGAAUUCACAACUCUUAGGAAUUUGUGCUACUGAAUCUUCUUCUUAAUCUUUUAAGAUUGUAUGAUAGAAACGGUCUCAUUCUCAAAGCGAUACACUUGAGGGAUGGAGAGGUCUUGGAAAUACAGUUGAGAGAUGGAGGGGACUUGGAGGCUAGUUAAUAAGAGGAGUAUUGGAUUAAAAUAAUGUUCGAGAGAAUGUGUGUACAUCAUGGUUUCAAAAUAUCUUCCUUUGCUUGUAAGUCCUUCAGGCGACUUGUCCUCCAGGAACUAAUCAAUGGAUUUUUAUCGUCUGAAUUUGCAUUAGGAGCAUGAAUAUGGUGCCAAAAGACCUCCUUCCACUUCUCUGACUAUGGUCCAAGCUGAUUCAGUGAUUCAUUUGGAUAUAUUUCUGUUUUAAAAAGAGAAGUACACAUUGUUGCUAUUCACCUGGCAAAAGACUUCAUUGUAAGAUCAUGGACCAUACUAAUAGGGAAAAAGAUGAAAGGCAGCGAACAAGUAAACCCAUGGCACAAAGGAGUGGACAUCCUUCUCGACCAUCUAGUUCCAGUUCAACAUCUGGGGUUCUUAUGGUGGGACCCAACUUCAGGGUUGGCAAGAAGAUAGGGUGUGGAAACUUUGGAGAGCUCAGAUUAGGUAAAAAUCUCUACACCAAUGAAUAUGUAGCAAUCAAACUGGAACCAAUAAAAUCACGUGCCCCACAGCUUCAUUUAGAGUACAGGUUUUAUAAACAGCUCGGCAAUGCAGCGGAAGGCCUACCCCAGGUGUAUUAUUUUGGGCCAUGUGGGAAAUACAAUGCCAUGGUACUGGAGCUUCUUGGCCCUAGCUUGGAGGACUUGUUUGACCUCUGUGACCGAACGUUUACUUUGAAGACUGUGUUAAUGAUAGCCAUCCAGUUGAUUUCUCGAAUGGAAUAUGUGCACUCAAAGAACCUCAUUUAUCGAGAUGUCAAGCCAGAGAACUUCCUCAUUGGCCGACAAGGCAACAAGAAGGAACAUGUUAUACACAUUAUAGACUUUGGCCUGGCCAAGGAAUACAUUGACCCUGAAACCAAAAAACAUAUACCAUACAGGGAACACAAGAGCUUAACUGGAACAGCAAGAUAUAUGUCCAUCAAUACUCAUCUUGGCAAAGAGCAAAGCCGACGAGAUGAUUUGGAAGCCUUAGGCCAUAUGUUCAUGUAUUUCCUUCGAGGCAGCCUACCCUGGCAAGGACUCAAGGCUGAUACAUUGAAAGAAAGAUAUCAGAAGAUCGGAGACACCAAAAGGAAUACUCCAAUUGAAACUCUCUGUGAGAACUUUCCAGAGGAGAUGGCAACAUACCUUCGAUAUGUCAGGCGAUUAGAUUUCUUUGAGAAACCAGACUAUGAUUACUUACGGACACUCUUUACAGAGCUCUUUGAAAGAAAAGGCUACACCUUUGACUAUGCCUAUGACUGGGUUGGAAGGCCAAUUCCUACUCCAGUAGGGUCAGUUCAUGUAGAUUCUGGUACAUCUGCAAUAACCAGAGAAAGCCACACACACAGGGAACGGCCAUCACAACAACAACCUCUUCGAAACCAGAAUGCAUCGACAGAUCGUCGAGGAGAGUGGGAAAUCCAGCCCAGCCGGCAGACAAAUACCUCGUACCUGACAUCUCACUUGGCUGCAGACCGGCAUGGGGGAUCAGUGCAGGUGGUGAGCUCAACAAAUGGAGAGCUGAACGUUGAUGACCCAACAGGGGCACACUCCAAUGCACCCAUCACAGCGCAUGCCGAGGUGGAGGUAGUGGAGGAAGCUAACUGCCUGAAAAUGCUCAACUUGUGGUGCUGCUGUUUCUUUAAGAGGAAAAGGAAGAAGACUGCCCAGCGCCACAAGUGACCAGUGCCUCCCAGGAGUCCCCUCCCCUCCCCUCCCCCAAGCCCUGGGGACUCUUCAGUUGCACCUGCAGCUCCUGCCAUUGCUUGUUAGAAAGGACUCCUCUCUGGAAGGAGAGUGGAAGAGGAGAGGGUGGAGAUCAAAAACCAAAAAGAGAAGAAAACAGAUGCCCCAAAGGAAGCCAGCAUGGGGUUGGCCAGUGCUGAAUCAGUUCACUGCUUAAUUGCAAGCCCAAGCCAGAGGCUCUUUGUGGGAUCCAGACUUCAGGCGGCUCCAUCACUGCUUGCACUUGGGGCUGCCUAGUUGACUCUCCUUCCCAUUGUUUACAGUGAAGGUGUCAUUCACAAAAACUUGACUACUAUUCUCUUCCUCAGUUUACUCCUGUGCUCUGCCUUUCCUUCCUCCAAUGAAAAGACUAAUAAGUAAAGGCUUUAUAUUCUAAAGGUAGGCUGAGAGGACCUUUCCCAGACAGGGUGGGCAGCUAACGAGUGGGAGAAAGGCAAGCCUGGAGUUGGAGAAAGAUUUCCUCUACCUUCCAGGCUCCCAUCAACAGAAUUCUUCUUUUUAUUCAUCUGUGCUGCCACCGAUCCCUGUUCCAGCCAUGGGUUGCUGGUUCCUUCCCUGUUUCCCUCUCUACUUGUGAUGCUACUACACUCGAGCAUACAAGCUGUGAGAAAUUUGCAAUCUACUGUCCCUAUAGAGUUGGUGUUCUUGGCUUUCUUGAUGAACAAGUGCUAUUCUCCAAACAGUAACAGGACAGUGCAAAUUAUUUUGGAAAAAGAAAAAUUGACCUUAUUGCACUUUUAAUUUUUUAAUAACAUGGCAGAUGCAUAUUGUGUCUGGUUAUUUUGGGGUUUUACUUUUUCUUUGUGGAGGGAGUGGGGCUAGUGCAGCCACUGAGGGAGAAACAUGGGUCCAGAGGACAUUCUCAACACAAGGAUCUUGGUCUUCAGUACUCAGAAAAAAAGAAGCCAAACCUCAAGCCAUCUGAAUCAUCUCACUCAGAUGGGCAAGGUCUGUAAGGAGCCAUACUUGAAUUUCCAGUCCUACUCUUCAGCUGUCGAAUAUCCCUCCCAGAGCCUCAUGACCUGACAGUUCAGAGGCCCUCGCUUGUGUGCACAUAAGACAAGCUAGGUUGGACCGAAGAGUAACUUCGGCUAGAUGAAUUAUCAUAAGAGAAGCAGAUGAUCAACCAAGAAAUCAAAAAUGUUGUGCUUCUCACACAGCAUGGGUCCUAUCUGGCUAGAUAACUGUGACUUUUCAGAAGACAUUGGGGUAAAAUUGAAACAAGCACUACCACCCAUUUCUGUGGAGAAAAAAAAAGAGGAAGAAAGCCAGCAUGGCAAGGAGUGGACUUGUUCUUUGCCUUCUGACUGUGGGAUGAAACUGAGGAUGUUUGUCAGCAGCUGAAACAAAGCCUGGAGUAGACCAUGUCUGCUUACCAGACUGCCCUUGCAGCUAGACUGUAGACCAUGUGAUCUGCCUAACAUAGCUAAGCUUAUGUAGAUCUCUUCUAAGAAGGUCAAUAAACCUAGCUAUCAGCAAGAAACAGUGUUGAGAAAUGGAACACUGGAAUAAAUGGUUUAAGGCAAGAUCACUUGGUUCUGGAAAACCUUGGGGAAAAGGGAACUGUAGGGAAAGAUUUUAAAUCAGUUUGUCAAUAUAUAGCAGGGAUAACUGUAAGAUGGGUGGGGACAGUGAGCCUAGACAGGUGACAGAGAACUCCUUCAAGUAGAACAAUGAAGAAACUAGGUCUCCUUCCACCUGAAAUACUCUGCACACCAUCAUUUCAUGCUGACACACCACUGGGAAGGGGCUCAACUCUUCCACUUCCUGCGUGAACAGGGCAUAAUCUAGAUUUAGUAUUUUCAUUCUAGAUUUUCAUUGGAAUUCAGUGGCUUGACCAGAGAAUGAUAAAAAAAAAAUUGAUAAGAUUCUGGCCUAGCAUCCUAGCUUAUUGAUUGACAGAGGGCAGAGGAAUUAUCAUUAUCAGGGAAGGGUCUUAUUUGGGGGAGGAUGAUGGGGAAAGAAGUAUUCUCCUAUCUUAGUCUCUUACUUGCAGAAGAGCUAGAGUGAGCUCUCUAUGAAGGAAGGUGGCGUCCCUUGGCUUUAUGAUUUUGUCACAUGAAAAUCCUGGUCUCCAAAUUUUGGGGUGUACCUUCAAACUUACAGGUGUAGAGAUAGUUUCUAGUAGUUAGCCAUUUUCUGCUACCAAGUCUCUCGUUGCCUUACUUGAAUGGAGCAGAAGCAGUGCUGGCUAGAGCCAUAGUGGGGCUUCAGCUGCCCCAGGAAGACCUGGGCUGGGAGUUUAGCUUCACUGACUUUUUAUUUGUGUAGCUCAAAUAAUUGUGAUUUUUCUUUUUGUUUAUUUAGCAAGAAAUCUAUCUGUUAUGUGAAAUGCAGUGGUAGGGAGGCUCCCUGUUUCCUCCAUACCCCCCAGAAGACUUUGAAUGUUUGGGACUUCACUUCCUUGCCCUGUUCCCUGGUGGUUAUGCCCCAAUUUAUAAGACUUAAAUGGCUUUGUGCUGAUUUUGAAUUGGUGCAUAUGCAAUUCCUUAACUACUCCUUCCUUAUCCCUUCCCAAAGAAGGGCCUGCCAAAAGGCACCCAGGAGAAUUCUAGAAAAAGGGGCACAUCCUAGAAGAGCCUGGUGUGACCUGGCAAUCUCAACCCUAACCAAGUGCCUCUCACCAAAAAAAAAGUAAAGGCAGUGUCCCAGCCUUGCCUGGCCACCAGGUAAACCCUCCUGCAGAUGUGUCUAUGGUUUUUCUUGGGUCUUACAUUUUUUUUUUUGAAGGGAUAGCUCUUGAAGGGUGGGAUUUGAGUAGAUGGAGGGGUUCCUUCCCAAUGAUCUAUUCCUCUGAUGCCCUCUGAAGAUUUAGCUUUCAUGAAAGAGGUGUAGAAAUGAGGAGCCAGAUCCCCAGCAUCUUGAUAAUGUUUUCUGCCUGCCUAGGGUCUUUGCUUCAGUGGGGUCACAGCACCGUCGCUCAGAAGAAGCAACUAGCCUCAGAAGUUUCAGGGUCUUCUGAUUAAAAACAAACAAACAAAAAAACGGACUUAUAGGAGACCUGCAUCCAGUGAAUAUUAGGAACAACCUUCCCUGCAUAGCUAGAGAAAGGGUUCCCAGAGACAAGUUAGCAGACAGCUACACCUCUACUUGUAAAAUAGGGCUUCCUUUCAUUCUAUCCCCGUGAUUGCCUAACAAUGUGACCUCUAGGGAGACAAUUCCAAAACUUUGCAGUGAUGAUUUUACUCUAAUUCCAUACUUCAGUAAUCCAAAUUCUAAAUAAGUCGUAAUUGAUCUUGGCCAUCAAGGAUUGAUAAAAAAAAAUAUUCAUCCUUAGAUAAAUUUAAGUUCAGGAAGCUCCCAUUGUUUACUUCAGCUGACCCUAUACUAUACUGUUGAAACUCACCUAAGCAUAUGCAGAUUGUUGUUAGUUACAUCCUAAAUAGAUGGAGGUCAUACUGGGAUUCCAUCAUCAUCUUUCCUAGUCCUAAACUCCCUGGCUAUACCUGUUGACCCCAAAGAGGCUUCAAUUGUCGUGUCUGAAUCAGGUAAAUGGCCCUGUCAUUGGUUUGGCCAGCAGAGUAUUUUCCCCAUGUUAGCAGGGCAGAGUUAGGAACUGUGUUGUAGCCUAAGUAUGAAAAAAUCGUUCCAUCACUGCUAGUCCGGUCUCCAGAUCUGCUCUGGGGCUUCCCACGGAUCAGGCAGAUUUUUAUUUCAGAGUGCCAGAUGAGGUGAGAUUCCCCGAACUAGAGCCCAAGAGACUGAGCAGCUUUUCCCUCUAGCAGUCAGCUUGCCUUUGUAAUGGCUUCAGGGAACACUAUCUGGCUGCUUUCUGUCAGUUGGGGCCAAGGAAAGGGUGAGUGCUUGUGCUGGGGGGAAGGGGUGGGAAGAGGGGACUAAUUUUCUGCCUGCUUUAGGCUCCCAUAGAGAACUGACUAAUGCAGGGGCAGGUAAAACAACAGCUUCAAUAGACAGCCGUUAUGGGGAGGAUUCCAGCAUGUGAGUAGUGAUUGCUUAUUUAUUCUCAGUAUACUUGAAAAUGCAUUAAAGCAUCUGCUGCCCAUUAGCCAGAAAAGGUAUCUCCCUUUAAAGCAGCUUCCAAUAUAGCUAAAUGGAAAAGUACAUAUAAUGCUCAUUCAGUGUUGAUUCUCAGUGUUAGUAACUGCUUUUUAACACCAAGAAUAUGCAGCACUUGGAACAUUACUUCAAAGUGGUUACUAAGGAUCACAGCCUUAAUUUUUUUUUAAAUGUUAAGACAUAACCCCUCCUUGCCCAGUGAGCAUGGCAUGCAUUUCUUAAAAGCACUGCUUCCAAUAGAAUAUCUCUCAAGAGGAACUUGCCUUUUUUUUUCCCCUCCCUUAAUGUACCUCUAUGCCUAGGCAUGCAUAUACUCUAGCCCUCCUUUGUUACUCUCCUGCUAGCCAUUUUUUCUUGGCCUCUCCUUUUCCUGCAUUUAAGCCAGUUUUCCAUACCAGGUUAGCCAGCCUGAAUAGUAUCCAAUGUCAGAUGGAUGAUGGGCCUGGGUUCAAAGCAUGUGAUGCAGCCUUUGGGAAGCAGUUAGAAUCCACCAUGGCCAUUACUGCCUCCUGGGCUGCUACUACUGCUGCUGCUGCUGCUGCUGCUACUGUCAGUUACAAUUUGACCCUCAAGGGGAUCAUUUCAUUCCCAAGGUGAAUAUGACCAAGCCUAGGAGUCCAGAGUUGGAAUGAUUGCCUUGGUCUCCCUUUCUGCCAUCAGUGUGUGCUUUAAAAACAAAGAAACAAAAGGCACUGCCUUGAAGGAAGCUGCUUUUCCAUAGAGAAACCCGGGCUCAGCCACCUGCACACAAGCCUUAUGGAUGGCUCCUAGGUCCCAGCCCCUAGGGUCUUCACCAAGAAGGAUCAGUUAGGAAUCUGAAGUAUGAUUACUUUGGUUUUUAUUUUAUUGUUGCUUUUGUUUAAAGGAAAGGAAAAUGUGGCCCUUUUGAGGGUACUUGAAGUUUUGAGCAGUGUUUUAACCACAAAGUAGGAAUUUCAAUGUACUUGACUAAUUAAGCAGUCUUAAAACAUUGGUAUGUUUUCCUUAACUCCAUUUCCAGGUAACUGAGUGCAAAAGAACUGGUUUCUUAGUUGUACUCAAAACAGUAGAUAGAUUUAAAUUCCACUGAAUAUAGACAGUGGAAAGCAUAUUUUCCCCAAUCCACCAGGAAAUCCACUCCAGUAUUUGUGUAUAGAUCAGCCUAUGGAGGAAAAAGUGAAUGUGUAUUUCAUGUAUUUCUAGUUUGAUUUACCAAACUUAUUGUUAUAAAGAAACCUCAGUUAUCUAAACAAGAUGUUUUUUUCUUUCACUCCGGUAAAAUUUCUGAUACCAUCAUUAUCUGCAAGGUGUCACAUUAGAGAGGUGUCCCUGGUAGUAUAUGGGGGUGGUUUGUAAUCACCUUACUAACAAAUAAUUACCAGGAAUGUGGUGAUCUUGACAGUCAGCUUUCUUCUCUCCCACCCCUCCACUGUGCACGUGACUUUUUCUUUUUCAGUGUUCCUCUUCUUGAGCUCUAGACCAAAUCCCAGGUCAUCUCUUGCACAGAAAGCCUUUAAAAGGUUUGUCAGUCUGUUAGGAAUGUCUCAGGAAAAUGAGCCAUUUCUUUGGGGGUAAGGGUUGGAAUUAUAUACUGACAUGUGUUUGUAUAUAUGUUUUUCUUAACCCUACCUACUUACAGCUCAAGCUGCUCUAAACUGUAUUCCUGAGUAUUCUUGGAAGAAAAUAAAUGACAAAUUAGUGCAGUGUGCUGAUCCUGGUAAAGAUUCUCAUUUGUCGAAAGAAAGAAGAGUAACAGUAGAAAAUAUGUAGAUGAUACCAAAAAAUAUUCUAACCCCCAAUGGAAAAUAAUAUUAAGUCACAAAUUCCCACUGGAUAUAUUGCAAGCUAUAAUUUAUUAUAUUAUUAUUUUGUCUAUUUCUUUAAACCUUUGCCCUUAUACUUUCAAGACGGGAUGUUGGGGAUAUCGAUUGCAACUUUUUUUUUACUGUAAAAUGUAUAAAUCAGCUGUGGAAAUCAUUUUUUAAAUUGAUAUUGCGUGGAUGUGUCUGAUUCUUGUUAAAUGCCUUUUUGAGUUUUUUAUCUUUUAUUUGAAAUAUGUAAUGCAAUAUUUUAUUCAUAAAACCCUGGCACUGGUCUCAAAGCUCAGCUGUGAAAAUGAAACUUGUAGUAUUUUUUAACAUGAAUGUCAAUUUAAAGUGUAUUUGAAAUGGUUCUACCGGGAUAAGGGCUUAUAUACCACGGGGAAAAGCUCCUCUGAGGGGGAGUGGCUUUCUUUGGAGAACAUGGGUCCUGAUAUCUUUGUCUCUGAAUUGCCCAUUUCCUAGGGCAGCAGGAGAAACACAAAUGUGAUCUUAAAAGUACACCUCUUCCCCACUUUUGGGAGGGGAAGGGACUCAGUUUGCACCCUUUUUGUAUGUAAAAUAAAAUGUCUUACCUUUCA